AUGCACCUCAACUUGCUAAACGAGUUUCUUCUGAUCUUCUGUGCUGUCUUUCUCAUGUCAGCCAACAGCCUCAAUGAUCACAGCCUCAAUAACACAAUUUUUAUGUAUACCAGUGAUGGGCAGUGUACAUUUAAAGAAUACAACCCAACCAAAGUACUCCACCUUGAUCCCAACGUUGACCAGAGGAUUUCUGCUGAUGGGUCGAGGUCAGCAAAAUCCACAAUAUGUACCGUAACAUUUGCUAUCAAAUCUAAUGAGAAGCUAAAACUAAGCAUGGACUUUCUGGAAAUUCAAACCUGUAACAUGACAGCCAGCUUGUAUUUACUGCUUGAAAGGAAUAAACUAGAAAAAAGAAAAGAGUUCAACUGUAACACAACCUAUGACCACAAACCUAUCUACCUACAUGGAGGUCCUCAUUAUUAUGGAAUCCUGGAGAUCAAUAAAGUACAUUUUCAUGACACCAAAUUUAUUUUAAGAGCCAAAGUUACCAUAAUACCAGACCUCAUCACAACUACUCACUGGCCCACAACCUUAAUUAAAGGACAAAGCAGUACUAAACAAACUUCUUUAGAUCCUUCCAGCCAUACGCUUCUCCUGGCAAUUGGGAUAGUUAUUCCUUUGAUCCUGUUGGUUGCGAGCGCCUUUACUUACCAUGUGUGGCACCGAAGCCAGCAGCGUCUUAGUAAUGUCAACAGCUCAAGUUUUACCUUUUCCAGAAUAUUGAGACAGAGACGAGAUGCUCGAAGAAAUACACAGAGAAAUCAGUCCCAAUCUACCCAGCAAAGGUCACACAUUCGAACCAUCGGAGACCUGUACGGGGAUCCGUUUGAUUUUCUUGCCUGGGAAGAGUUCUUUGGUUGCUUCUCUAGCAUGGACUUCCCAAAACCUGUUGAGCUACCCCCAUAUCCAGGAUACGAUUCCCCGCCGCCAUAUGAGAGCGUCGUGAACGAGACACAGGGAUUGGAAACUAUUAUUCAGCCUCCCCCUCCCCCCGCUCCAGCACCCUCAGUUCACCAACUUCGACAUCAGUCAACAAUGGUGGCAAUGCAUUCAGACUCAGAAACUGUUAGAUCUCCUAGUGGCAUGGAGACGACUGUAUAA